AUGCAACAAGCACCUGGCAAUGCAACGUCUCCACUUUCAUGGAAUCAGCAUCCUGUUAUGAACAAUACCACAACUGGUUCUGUGUCGUCGAGCUCGCCCAUUAACUCGCCCAUGGCAUCUCCACUCCAUUCACCUUGCGAUUCGCCACGAGAGCAGUUGCAUAACCAGUUUGCCAGACAAGUAUCUUUGCAACCACCACCUGCAACAUCCAAUACGCCUUCGUCGAGUCAAACAUCAGCCAAGCCGGGCAGUGGCAACACCUUCGUGCAUAAACUCUUCAACAUGGUUGGGGAUCGACAAUAUCAGCAUUUGAUUACAUGGACAUACACGGGGACAUCAUUCAUUGUUUGCAACAUUACUGAAUUCUCUCGAGAUGUGCUCCCAAAGCAUUUCAAACACAAUAAUUUUAGCAGCUUUGUGCGCCAAUUGAACAUGUACGGAUUCCAUAAAGUGAACAAGUCACCUAGAGGACAUCGAGCUCUUGCUGAGAAUCAGAUCUGGGAGUUUUCUCAUUCAAAGUUUCUACGAGGAAGAGGUGAUCUAUUGGAUGAAAUCAAACGCAAGGCUCUCGAAACAGAUGCUGUACGGCGAGACCAAAAUGAUAUCAAUACCCAAAUGGCCGUGAUGCAGGUGGCUCAAUCCGACAUGAUGCAGCAAUUAGCGCACCUUCAGGAGAACUUCUCCCAAGUUGUAAGAGAGCUUGCUGAUACAAGGCGUAGACAACAAUCACAGCAGCAAAUGCUUAAGCAAAUGCUUCAACACAUGACCCAACAACAAGGUGCUUCAUUACAAAUCCCUCCUGAUUUUACUGCGUUGGAUAUCAAAGCCGAACCUGAGCAAUCACAGCAACCAUCAUCACAUCAACCUCCACCAAUUUAUAUCACUUUUCCUCCUCAAAAUGCGUAUCAACAACAACAACAACAUGCGCCAUCAUCACCACAUCCACCAUCAUCACCUAAUCAUCAUCGUCAUCAUGAUCAAUCACUACCAUCUCGACCUGCAGUACCCCUGACUGUACAAACACAAAACUUAGCCCCAUCUCAAUCACCGCAUCAUACCACCACCACUACUCCUUCCCACAGUCCAAUGAUGACAGCUGCUAUCAACACACCUUUACCACCAAGUCCUAGCCCAUCCGCUUUCUUAUCCGAUGAUGAAGGAUUCUACGGCCCUCAUAGUCCACACACACCAAAUGCCAUGCAACGCAGCAUUAGUAACACUAGUACUAAUAGCCAUCUCAUGCCAGCAGAGAGCUUCAUGUUACAGCAACAACAACAACAACAACAAACACAACAGCAAUUUUCCUCUUCCAUGCAUCAAUCACAUGACCCAUCCUAUUCUCAUCAACCCCAUUAUCAUUCAUGA